AUGCGUAUGACUUACCUUUUGGCCGCCUCGUUCUCACAGAAUGACAGCGGAAGAUUGCUCUUUACUGCGUCGAGACGAGAAGACCAUGGUAACGGGAGUGUCGGCGUGGGAAGUGAGAGAAAAGAAAAUGAGUCUGCUGAGAUCAGCCGAUUCGGCAACAAAACGACUGGUAAGGAGACCGGUUUCAAGGAGGUAUUUGCUGGUAUCGUGGAGCGAGGUGGGAGCGUCAGUAUCCUGGCAUGGGCCAACAUCGGCGUUGGAUACACUUCCUACAUCCUGAAGGCGCGAGAUGCUAUCAACAGCAUCACGCCGUCCCCAAUUAACGGAGCAAAGGCAGUCUUCAUCUUCGACGACCGUCUCCCCAAAGCGCUGUCCUCGCAUCACCAGAAGAAUAUGACUACGCCAGCAGCAACACUCGGAAAGCAAAGUGUCCAGAUCGUACGAACCUUCAGCUGUUUGUACGACCACUACGAAGAGUUCGCUCCUCGUGGUGAAACCUCGUUGUUCCAGGCCCACAUUAAGGCCAUCCAAAAUGCCAAAAACUUCAUCUAUUAA